AUGAUGCGAGCCGAUAACCCAGACGAUGGGCUGGGCAGCUCAGCGCCACCGCAGAUCGAGCAGUUUCUCGCGCACACCAACAAGCUGCAGCAGCGCUACCAGUCGUUUCUCGAUAGCACCACGCCGUACCCAUUGCAUCGAUGGGGGGCCACCGCCGGGUUGCUCUUCCUGUUUAUGCUUCGAAUCGUACUGUCGCAGGGAUGGUACAUCGUGUGCUACGCGCUCUUCAUCUACCUGCUCAACCUGUUUUUGGCUUUCUUGACGCCAAAGUUCGAUCCAUCCUACGAAGCAGACUUGGCCGAACAGGACGUCGAGGAGGGCGAACCGGGCUUGCCUACUUCGGCGAGCGCCACCGCCGCAGCAGGAAAUGGAGGAGGAGGACUGAUGAGCGGCGUAUUCGGCAGCUCGCUCAACGGCCAAUCUACCGACGACGAGUUCCGUCCCUUCAUCCGCCGCCUCCCCGAAUUCAAGUUCUGGCUCUCGGCAACCCAAGCCAUCGUUCUCUCCAUCUUGGCUACAAUGUCCAGCGCCUUUGACAUCCCCGUCUUCUGGCCCAUCCUCCUGAUGUACUUCUGCAUCCUGUUCACUAUCACCAUGCGAAGACAGAUCAAACACAUGAUUCGUCACAAGUACGUCCCCUUCGACUUGGGACGCAAGACCGUCUAUGGGCGUAAAUAG